AUGAUGAAUGUAAGCAUCGCUUCCAAUGAGACCAAGAAUUGCUUGAAAUACGGGAUUGAAGAGAACCACAGAAUCCGAUGCACUGAGAGCUCAGGUGUCAGACAUAUCAACCAUUCAACUGAUCCCUCACUUACAACAACCACCUCUCCAGUCACUGAUCCACUGAUUGUCUUGUCAUCCAUACCAACAAUAGUAACCAGUUAUGCAUUUCAAUUUCCUGAGAGGAAAUCGCUGUAA